UAGAAGCAUGGCAGAGGCCGAGGCGGCGGCGCUGGUGUCGUCGUCAUCGUCGUCUCUGCCCAGCGACCCGGCUCCUGACCUUGACACGGCAGCCGCGGCUGCAGCCACGGCCCCCGACGCGUCUGCGCAGGCUGCGGCCCGGCCGGGAGCCGAGGGCCGCGUGUCCAAGGCCGCCCUGGCGACCAAGCUGCUGUCCCUGAGCGGCGUGUUCGCCGUGCACAAGCCCAAAGGGCCCACGUCGGCCGAGCUGCUGAACCGGCUGAAGGAGAAGCUGCUGGCAGAAGCUGGAAUGCCAUCUCCGGAAUGGACUAAAAGGAAAAAGCAGGCCCUGAAAAUUGGCCAUGGCGGGACCCUAGACAGCGCAGCUCGAGGAGUUCUGGUGGUUGGAAUUGGAAGGGGAACAAAAAUGUUGACCAGUAUGUUGUCAGGGUCCAAGAGGUAUAUUGCCAUUGGAGAACUCGGCAAGGCCACGGACACGCUGGAUUCCACGGGCAGAGUAACAGAAGAAAAGCCCUACGAUAAAAUCACACAAGAAGAUAUCGAAGGCAUUCUGCAGAAGUUCACGGGAACUAUCAUGCAAGUCCCUCCACUCUAUUCGGCACUGAAGAAAGACGGACAGAGGCUCUCGACGCUGAUGAAGAGAGGGGAGGUGGUGGAAGCCAAGCCCGCCCGGCCCGUCACGGUCUACAGCCUAUCCCUGCAGAAAUUCCAGCCGCCGCUGUUCACGUUAGAUGUUGAAUGCGGAGGAGGUUUUUAUAUCAGAAGCUUGGUCAGUGACAUUGGCAAAGAGCUCUCUUCCUGUGCCAGCGUGCUAGAGCUGAUCCGAACCAAACAGGGGCCAUUUACCCUAGAGGAGCACGCCCUUCCCGAGGACAAAUGGACCAUUGAUGACAUUGCACAAUCUCUCGAGCAUUGCUCUGCUCUUCUGCCAGCAGAGUUGGCACUUAAAAAAUCCAAACCAGAAGAGUCCAGUGAGCAAGUUUUGAGCUGUGAAUAUAUGACUCUAAAUGAGACCAAGGGAGAGGAGGAUGUAAUUAAGACAUCUUAAGACUGGCUUGGGAUCCCACCAUGAGUGCCGUUGACACUUGGAUCCUGUGUGCAAAAUGACAAACUGUGCAAAAGACAAACUUUUUUUUUUUUUGCAUGAAGAAAAAAAUGCGCAUUGUUUACAGUUUCUAUAUUGUACAGUGUGCCUGCGGUGCAUUAUGAAUCGCCUUGGAGUUGUUCAGUGUUUUGCUGUACAAUGAAUUUUCCCUUUUGAUUGUAAUCAUGCUGUGAGGUUAGAUUCAGGAAAGUCAACUUUCUGAUUUUAAUCUCUCUGCGAAGUCUUUUCCUGUGAAAGAGUUGAGCACAUUUUUAAUCAAUGAAAAAAGAAAAGAAAUAUGAACUACUUGUUUCUUUGGUGUCAUAAAAGUGACAUGAAUGUAAAUCAGUGUGUUUUGAUCUUAUUUGAGCUGCUUGGUGGCUUUAUUGUAUUGAAAUCCUUUGUUUGAAAAGGCCAUUAUUGAACUCAUAUGUUUUGGAGCAUUUAUGGUUAUCAGUGAUUUCUUUGAUGAGUCUGCACUUCCCUGGGUUUGUUUAGAUCUGGGAAACAAAGAAACUUUUAUAAUAAAUAUUUGUAAAAUGAAUCAAAUCAUUGCUGCUACCGUGAAUGUGAUAGAGAUAAAUGAACUGUUUCACUAGCUACACCUCUAUUCUGCUGUGAGUGCAGAAGAUACUUCUGUGGUGUAUAUUUUGGCAGCUAUGAGAUCUUUUCCUAGUGAUUUUAGCAACACAACUGACUGUCCUAUAAUAAGUUACUAAAGUAAUGUGAUUUUUUUAAUUGAACUGAAGAAGUUGUCUUCAGUCAACAGUUUCUUUUCUCUUUUCCCUCAUAUUUAGAUACUUUUUGAGAGGGCUUUUCUGCCCGGGACAGUUUUUUCAGUUUGCUCUUUCAAGUGAUGCUUAUAGAUGAUGAGUGAGCUGCUCCGUCUACCCAGUUACUCUCUUGCACUAAAAAUUCUAACAUGUUCGUCUCAGAGAUUUUCAUUUAGACAGCCACUGAAAGUGCUCUGUCCCUCUUUACCUUCAUUUUGAAAUGUAGUCACUUCCACAGUAGUAAAUCUCAUAUGUAAUGAAUGCUGCAUAUUUUUAUUUUGGGAAAGCAAUCUAUUUUGCAGUCUCUAGAAAUAUUCAAAUCCCACGCCACUUUUUCUUUUUAAGUUUCAAAAGAAUCAGUAAAUAGUUCAUAAAACAUAAAUUUUGGGGAUUUUUAGAGCAUUUUAUCUUUUAAAGGUGGUGGCCUUUAGGUUUUAAAAAUAUGUUAAAUAUGCAACUUUAAAAUGGUUUUAUUUAUGAUUAAUGUAAUUAAACUUAAUAUAAAAAGAUGGAUUUUAAAAGAGCAUUUUUAGCAUGUUAGCGCACGGGACUAUUGGAACUAAUUGUUAAUCUGUCAAAAAUGAUGAGGAAAAUCAUUGGACGUAGCGAUACAGUCUGUAAAAUGCCAAACGCAUAAACUCAAUUGAAAGUUUGCAAUUUCACUUUUUCCUUUCUAGUCUCCUGCGUUGCGUCUCAACCACGGUGGCACAGGUUACAGUACGUCUCCCUGCGCUGCCAGUGAAGCUCGAAGAGAGGAAUGUUUAGUUUUUCAAAACAUCGGGGCAUUUGUGCUCUGUUUCGCAACUUAAAAGUUGGCAGAGAAUUUACUAACGAAGGAAAAAGUAGAGAUUGUUUGCAAAGACAAGACUUUGGAAAAUGGUCACCUUCGUUCAUAUUGAACACACUGAAGGAAGUAUUGCCAGAUGGAAAUAUGACCCCCUAAUCCCGACGCAGUGGUUUUUAGAACUUCAGUUUUUAAAAAAUUUUGGUUUGGGGCCACACCCAGUGAUGCUCAGGGGUGACUCCUGGCUCUGCACUCCUGGCAGUGCUCAGGAAUCUUUUGAGAUGCCCGGAAUUGAACCCCCCGCAAUAGCCUUACCCACUGUACUAUUGCUCUGCCCCCAGAACUU